CAGCACACCACACUUUGCGAUUUUUCUCCGAGCAGCGCCAAUCUCCGCGAAUUCGCCCUCCUCUCCGUCAUUUCGCACUCCAUUCAUCAAUCGGUGCUAUUCUUCUCCAGAUUCAUAUAUUUUCUUCGGUAAAUUAUGGCAUCAUCUUCGACUUCUGCUCGUCGGCUUGCGUGUGGUCCUGCGGAUCCUUCUGUACUGUAUCUUCAGAGACAACACGUCUCUAAUAACAUAUGGGCAGGAGUUCCAUCCGAAUACGUACGCUGCCGACGAUAUGAAGGAAUAAUUUGGAAUGUUCCCAUACAUCACCGUGUUUUGGCACUAGUGGACCAGAUGGGGUUCGGCGGUUUAUUGAGGUGUGGUCAGCCAAAAGAAAUUGACCACCAUCUGAUCACCGCUUUGAUUGAACGUUGGAGGCCAGAGACUCACACGUUUCACUUCCUAGUCGGUGAAGCGACUGUAACAUUGGAAGACGUGGAGGUUUUAUGGGGCCUGAAAGUUGAUGGAGAGGAUGUGACGGGUUACAUCCCCCCGACACAACCGGGAUAUUGGCAGGAUAUGUGUUUGGAUUUUCUAGGAUUCAUACCGGACGCAUCCGAGUUGAAGGAAAUGUCUUUUAAGCAGACUAGCUUAUCGCGUCAAUUGAGGAUUGAGCUGAAUGAUGAGCACGAACACAACAUAUAUGCUCAGCGGGCUCGUAUCUACUGUCUGCUAUUACUUGGUGGUCUGAUGAUCCCGAAUGCCACCGGAAAUAAAAUUCCAUUCUUCUACUUGCAAUUUUUCAUGGAUAUAGAACGGUGUUCUACCUAUAGCUGGGGUGGUGCGACGCUUGCUUGCUUGUACCACAAUUUGUAUGAAGCUGCCGUUGCUAAGAGGACGGAUGUCGGGGGAGCCUUAACUCUAUUACAGUUGUGGGCUUGGGAGAGAAUCCCAAAUAUUAGACCGAGGAUGCUAGAUCCCGUGCAUACAGACUAUCUACCAUGUGCAAGCGCGUAAGUUGUUCACUAAUUCAUUUUUUAAGCUUUAUGUUCAUCAGUCUUCGUGUUAUUCGCUCAUAAUUUACAUUUUGUAGAUGGAAUGGUCAGGCGUCAUAUGUAAAAGCACCCGGACAUUGUAUUGAAAAUUUCCGAGAUCAGUUCUCCAUGAUGCAUGCCAACCAGUUUAUUUGGAUGCCUUAUCUCCAACGGCAGUUGCCGGAAAGUUGUGAUGCCGGUCGUCCUGUAUGGAUAUCGAUAACAACGCUUAUUUGCUGGAAUCUGGCUGAGCCACACCUGCCACACCGAGUGUUGCGCUAAUUUGGGAUUGUCCAACCGUAUAUCCCGCAACUCCCCCGGUUCCACGGUACUGAUUUUGCGAAACAGGAUCGCCGUGGAAAAGCUGGUCGAAAUUGGGUUGAUUGGCACGCCAAUUAUAUACAGGAGUGGGACAACAGACACUUUUUGGUGUGGACUGAUCUGGAGUACAGUGAUGAGCCCGUUGCAACCGAAGAAUAUAUGGAUUGGUUUCGGCAGAUAACUGUUGUGUAUUUAACCAAACCCGGCGUGCAUGCUGAACAGGGCUUCCACGAAACGGCAUCUUCUCAUAGAUUCGCGGUGGAGACACUUCACAACGUGCGCCACUUUCUAAGUGGCCAAGAUACGACAGAACAUCCGGCUUUGGGAACCAUUUCGAGGAUGAUUGAAGAAGGACUGCAGAUAUCCGGAGAGGCUGAGCGGAUGGACUACCGUCCUUCGCAGCGCUCUGCAAUGGACGUGGACGUACCCGUAAGGCAAAAGGCAAAACGGCGAACCAAAAAGAAAACCGCCUGCGGAGAGUCGUCAUCUCAGCCCGUACACUGCUCCGAUGACGAUUUUGUGGAACCACCUCCACCUACAUCUGCAGUUCGAGGCCGUCAUUCUGUCAGCCACACCGGUGGUACCGGCGACGACAUUGGCCUCAGUGAUGUCCCCACUUCUCCACCGCGGUCGUCUGUGCAAGAUGACAUUUUUGGGGUGGAUCUAGAGAACGCUGUUGUUCAAGAUACUCCUCCCUCAAGGAUCUCUAGAUCUACAUCCAAAAUUGGGAAGGGGAUACGGGGUUUGUUUAUGCGGAAACGGCGAGAUGAUUAAACUAAUUUGAUACUUUGUAUUGAUAUUGGUUGUUUUUCAUUGAUUUGAACUCGUUAUAUUAGACGAUUUGAUCCUCUUUUUACACGU